CACAUUCGAAUCUGGAGAAAAUAAGUAACAGCUGAACUCACCCAGAUUUACGUUGUUCUUUAUUUUGACUUAAUGGACAUUACCUUAGAGUUCAAAACAGAUUCUGUACAAUGGCUUAGCUGAGUUUUAUGCACAWUGAGGCAGUCCUUAAAAAUAACUUGAAACAGAACCAAUCAAAGCUCUAGUUUCACUUUCAUUUUGACUCCAGGACUGUUUAAAAUCCUGCACAGGAUCCACACUGCACUCAUUGUUUCACUGCAGCUGGAGUGUCUGCACUGCUCUCUCUCACUGACCAUGGACAGCCACAGGUUCAGCCCAAACAGGACUUACGGCUGUGGAACAAACAUUACAAACAACAAUGAGUUGAGGAUCGUGAUGGUGGGGAAGACUGGGAUUGGGAAGAGCGCUUCUGGAAACACCAUCCUGGGUCGACCGUGCUUUCAGUCCAAAUGCAGCCCCAAAUCCAUGACCACUGACUGCUCCAAAGGCUCCAGUAAUGUUGAUGGACAGCAGGUUGCUGUCAUUGAUACUCCAGGUCUGUUUGACACCAGAUUUGAKGGAGAUAAAACCAUCAAAGACCUGAGUCAGUGCRUCUGUUAYGCUUCUCCUGGACCCCACAUCUUCCUGGUGGUCGUUCCAAUCGGUAGAUUCACAGAWGAAGAAUUAMAAUCRGUGCAAAAGAUUMAAAAAAUCUUUGGAGAGGCAGCAGACAGAUACAGCAUGGUUCUGUUCACUCGUGGAGACGACCUUGAAGGCACCAUUGAAGAUUAUUUGUCUGAAAGCCGAGACCUGCAAGAUCUGGUGUCCAGAUGUAACGGCCAGUAUCAUGUCUUCAACAAUAAGAUGAAAGACAAGAAACCUCAGGUCACUGAGCUGCUGAAGAAGAUYAGAACCAUUGUUGACAGGAAUGGAGGAAGUCACUACACCAAUGAGAUGUUCCAAGAGGCUGAGAGGGCAGUUGAGGAGGAAAAACAACGCAUCCUGAAGGAGAAAGAAGARRAAAUACGUARAGAGAAAGAAGAACUGGAGAGAAAAAUAAAAGAAAAGUAUGAGAAAGAGAUGGAGCGAAUGUAUAAGCAAAUCCAGGCUGACAGAGAGAGGGAGAGAAAGGAGAGAGAGGAGGAGAGGAAGAGGGAGAGACAGGAGAUGAAUGAAGUGAGGAGAAGGGAGAAGGAAGAGAUGAAUGAGGAAAGACGGAGGGAGAAAGAGGAGAUGUGUGAGCAGAGAAGAAGGGAAAUGGAAAGGAGUGAGGCAGAGAGAAAGGAGAGAGAGAAGCAGUUUGAAKCCCUGAAGGAAAAGCAGGAGAAAGAAAUUCAACAAGCAAAAUCCAGGCUGCAGUCUGAGCAUGAAUCUAAGGCCAGAGAAGAAGCUGAGCAAAAUAAUCCUCUCUAUUAUUUGGCUAAAGCUGGAAAACACGUGGUUAAUGCUGGUAAAGAAGUUGUUAAGAUUGGAAAAGAAGUUUUUAAUGCUGGAUGUAGCCUUGUUAAAUCUGUUGCCGGCUUGUUUUCAUAA